UCAAUAAUCAUGGAUCGUUAGUCAAACCAAACAGGAUGGCAAAACUGGUUUAGCAGAACAGAACAAAAUAUAUUGUAACAAGGAAGAAAAAGAAAUAAGCAGUAAAAGUCGAAUGUUAAUGUUUAUAUUUACAAUGGAUGGAUGGAAAUUGGAAAUUGACUUAAAAGUAUCGUUUUCGAGAGGAUAAGUAGGUCUCUUCUUGUCCGUGUUAAAUUAUCGUCGUGUGAAUGAGUUUAUUUUUGUUUCAGUAGGACAUUUGAGAAAAUACUUUUUCUGCAAGAAUGUCCGUUGUUUUUAUAAAGAAACCUAUAGGCUAACUUGAGAUAAGAUUUAAUGAACGAUUUAUAGGCUAAUAGGUGUUCACACGGCAUUAAGUUAUUCACGUCAGUGAGUAAUGACCCGCACCAGAGAGUGGGGUCUGCAAGAACCCGGCCGACCCCUCAACACAGUCAACUUUGAGUCCCCGUCCCACACUGGCACACUGCUCACAGGACUCAACACUCUCAGGGCCAAGGGACACCUCCUGGACGUCACCCUUGUAGCUGAGGGAGAGGCUUUCCAGGCACACCGGGUGGUGUUGGCUUCAUGUAGUGACUACUUCCGUGCUAUGUUCACGGACGCAAUGCGUGAGUCACGUCAGUCGGAGAUCUGCUUGAACGGCGUCAGUGCAGCUGGUAUGCGUCUGCUGCUGGACUACGCCUACACAUCCCGCUUGGCUCUCAACCUGGCCAAUAUACAAGAUGUGCUGAGUGCUGCUAGCCACAUACAGGUGGUUGCAGUAGUGGAGGCAUGCUCUAAUUACCUACAGUCACAGUUGGACUUGGAUAACUGUGUGGACAUUGCCACCAUCUCAGAAACAUACUCACUGUCCCAGCUGCGAGGUGUGGUGUACAGGUUCAUGUGUGGUCACCUGGUUGAGUUCUCCCGAUCACCAGAGUUUGCACGUCUACAUCCCAGUCAGCUGGAGCACCUCCUCGCAUGUGACUUCCCUGUGGACUGUCCUGAAGCAGAUGUCCUGGCUAUCACACUCAGGUGGCUCAUGACCACUUCACAUGAUAACCAUAGAAGUUCGUCAAUGUGCGGGUGGUCUGUGCGACUGCUCCGUCGCAUUCACUUUGGACAGGUGUCACGGUGGGAGCUGGAAAGUAUCUUGCGACGGGUGGACCAACAGUUGUCUCGUCUGGUGCUGUCUGAAGCUCUGCGUCAGUCUCGCCAUCAUCGUGCUACGCCACUACCCUCCCCUCUGGUAAACAGCAGGGGCAUGGAGUUGGCUGUGGUCAAGGUGGGAGGUUUUGGCAUUGGAGGCAUCACCAAUGAGAUAACCUACUUUCUGCCAUCGUCAGGCAAGUGGCGUCACCUCACCACCAUCCCUCAUGUUGAGCAAUGCAACUUUGGCACAGCUGUGUUGCACAAUGACCUCUACGUAGUUGGUGGUUGCUUCAACCAAAGUCUUCAGGAAAACAUCCACCCGUUUGGAUUUCGCUACAGUCCGAGACGUGAUGAAUGGGCGACCAUGGCACCUAUGCAGCAGGAGAGGUGCAGGUUCUCUCUCAACGUUGUGGGAGAUAGACUUUACGCUGUGGGAGGUGUGAGUGAGGUAGCCAAACAAACACAAAAAAUCACUCCUAAGAAACAAAAACUUAUGAUGGAGGAGGAUAGUGUGGAGGAAGAAGGGGAAGGUGAUAGUGCUUGUGAAUGCUACGACCCAGAGACUGAUAGUUGGGACAGCAUCAGUCCACUACCAGGGGCAAGGACACAACAUGCAGCAGCUGCCCUGGACCACUACCUGUACGUGAGUGGUGGACUGGACAGAGACUUGGCACUCAACUCCAUGAAGAGGUACGACACAGAUGAAGACCGAUGGGAGAGCAGGGCGAACAUGCUAACCCCUCGUGUGGAUCAUGCCAUGUUGGUUGUCAAUGGCAGUCUUUAUGUGUGUGGUGGCUGGUACGAAGACUUGGACACUGGCAACAGAGUGCUGGUGGACACUAUAGAUAGAUACGAUGUACACAAUGACACUUGGCACACGAUCACUCAUGUACCAACGCCUCGUUACCAUGCCGGAAUAGUCACAGUGAAAAACCUCAUAUACUUCAUCGGAGGUUUCCACAGCGAUGCAAUGUUUGACAGGGCCACUGCCGCUAUAGAGUGCUACGAUCUGGACUUGAACUUCUGGACUACCACAGAGAAGUAUCCUCAGGACAUCUGGGAACACACGUGUGUAACAUUGUACAUCCCUCGAUGUAGAGAUGACAUGGAGGUCAUCCCUUCACCCACCUCUGCUUGCUAGGAACCAAUCUGGACACUUCUCAAAAACAUCUAAUCAAAUAAUAGAUGUUAGAAUCUAAAUUUAAUAACAUAGAAAUUACAAGACAUUAAAUGUUUGAGUUUUAUGAAAAGUAAAAGUAUAAUUUUUAAGUUAAUUUUCUUUCUUUUUAAAAUCUUAACCAUAUUUAUUUGUCAUCUAGCAUCACAAAUUUGUUUAUCACAAACAGGUUAUAUUUAUAUUGCAGAUAUAAUAUGCUGUAAGUUUUACAGAUUAAAUAAUUACAAAGAUA